AUGGCGACGAUCGCACCUCCCUCGAGUCCUACCUUUGCAGAUUUGCCUCUCGAACAACUUAGCCUUUAUCAUGUCGUCGACUCAUGUUUAUCGUCCAUACUCGUGUUAUACGGUGCCGUCUCGACCGCCAAUGCGACUGUCAGCAGCUCGCGCAUUCAAGCCCAUAUCUUCACCCCAGCCGGCUUUCAGAGUUACCCGAGAAUUACAGUCUCCCCUGCUGCUCCCGUAUAUGCGGCGGUGAAACACCUACCCCGCGACAAACAAGGUGACGAAGUGUGUCGUGGAUUGGCUGUCAGCAUGUUGAGAUACUUUGCCGAGCUGUCGGAGCCCGUCAAAAAUCGACUGACCGGAGUGGCUCGUGCGGGACGGACUGUAAGGCCCCCAAAGAUGUUUGACGAGAUGCACGCCGCAGAUUUGGCCAACCGGAUGGUCAGAGUGGAUGACCCGUUGGAGAUCAUUCGAGAUAUUCGCAGCGCAUAUCAAGAACGUAAAGUUCCAUGGAUCGAUAUCGAUGUUGUGCUUCCUGCAGAUUCUAUACAGCCAUCCAAGCGACGCGAGAGCGCGGGAUCUGAUAUGGAUGCUACCCAGGACCCACAGUACGGACCAUACACACCACUCAUUGAGGCAUUGGGGGAUCCGAUGUUCUUGCCAACAUCUCGAUUGAAGCGAGCGCCCUCUCAACCCACCAAUGUCAGCAAAUCGCGGACCUUUGCCAGAAGUCAGAAAGAAGCUCUACGUCUGACUAUGUGUGAACUUGUUGAUACCGAGGAACGAUACGUUGCCAAGCUGUAUUCUCUUGUUCAUGAAGUUGCGGAUGAAUUCCGGCAAAAGGCUCAUGAGAGACGCCCAUCAAGCACCAGUCCUUCUGAAGAAGCUUUGGCGGAAUUGUUCCCACCAUGCCUGAACGAAAUUUUGAAUGUGAACCUUGGCUUCCUUGAUGUUAUUCGACAAGUACUCGAUGAAACAGAGAAAGAAGCCAUUACAGAUAUUGGCCAGGACACGGAGCUUCCUCCAACACGAGGACGAUCAAGGGAGACCAGAGAUGCCCUUGGAGCUGUGGCAUUUGCCAAGGCUCUACUCGAAUGGCUUCCCCGAUUUUCCGAUCCAUACAAAGAGUACAUGCGCGCGCACACCGGUUUCACUCAGAUUUUGAAUUCUUUCAUGAAGGACAAGAAUUCAAGCUUUUCAAGGAGAGUAUAUGAAACCGGGGAGCAAAGAUUGCGUUCUUUACUGAUGGAGCCCGUUCAACGACUUCCCCGGUACAGUCUCCUUAUCGAUACCAUGACAGGCAGCUUGCCCUUGGUACAUCCUGCUGUGCGAACUCUGUUGAAAGCGCGAGACAUCGUGAAGGAUAUCUGUGCAUUGGAUAACGACUCUCCUUCCAGCCAUGCGCAAGGCCUAGAGCGUCUGAGAGAGCUUUUGAAUGGAUGGCCGGUCAAAACUUUCCCCGAAGGUCGCUUGAUCACGGCAGUCGAUUUCAACGAAAUAACUCCUCCAUACGCCCUGGAUAGUCAGGCACCUGGACCUAGUGCAGGGAUUAUGCUUCUUUAUAAGAACUGCCUUGUUCUUCUGGCAAAGCCUGCUGAAAGCAGAGCCACAGCACGUGCCUUGUUGGCUGACAUUGACAAUGCAGCCUCACCAACCGGUGAUAACUCCUUGUCUCUACCCCAAUCCGAACUUCAGGUGGUUAAAGUGUUGGAAUUUCACAAGUUUCGAUGUAUGCAAUCCACAUGCGGUCGUAUUUUGUUUGUUUUGCCAUUUGCAACCAAGACCAAACCAGCCGAUAUCAACACACCAUCAGACCUACUUGCGCUGGAGUUGACAGCCAUGUAUGAAGGAAAAGCCAAUCGCUUGAUAGAAGAGAUUUCAAAAGCGAAGAUUGAAGGUCGAUUUCCGGAAAGCGAACGAGAAGGUGGAAAGUGGUCGCUAAGGAGCCCCACUAGUUUGGCUAGCAAUGUCGGGAUUCUGGCCUGUGUGUGUGAGGAUGGUCAAAGUCCUACGCUCGGCCAGGAUUACUCUUCUCAAAUACGAGUUGUGUUCGAUACAACCAGGGCUGUCUGUGCUCAAAUCUUGAAAAGCACUAAUCUGGAGGUCGUCAUAUCGAUCUCUCCUCCGAAUGGCGACCAGUAUAGAUUGGACAUCGAGACUGUGAUUGGCUCUGGAUCGACCGAUCUGAUCACGGUAGAUACUUUUGUUCCCACUCUCUCACGUCGCCUUCAAUACCUUUUGUCGCCAUUACACAGCCCUCGAAAUCCGGUAUUAACGGAGCCACUGAUUCAUUCCAAUUUCGAAACCCUUCGGUAUAUUGCCAGCUGCUUGGUCACACAAGUCAAAUCUUCUCGAGGAUUCCGUCCACCGUCGCCAACCAAGCUCAUUUCCAAUCUCUUGGGAGGUAGUCGUGAUAAUGUUCCAACACUGAAAGGACCCAGUUCAGCAACCUUGACUGGCGAAUUUCCGAAAAUGCUUCCACCAAGAGGCCAAUUGUCACGAUCAAACACAUUACCUUCCUCGAUUCCUGGCAAAGAGAAGGACAAGGAGAAAGAGAAGGAAAAAGACGAAAGCACCAAUCAAAUCUCGGUUGUUGGUUCUUCUGAUUCUCGGGGACUAGAUGCCCAGUUCAGCUCACUGGAACAAACCUUUGCCGCUUAUGUUCUUUCUCUGCAAUCUAGAAGUGGAAAUAUCCUGGGCCGAAUGCUUCGUGCUAGAGAUAAUGCCGACCGGGCACCAGUCAAUGAGCUAUACAACAUUUUGCUGGAAGACCCAAGCAGAAUCCAGGCUGCCGCUGAAGUGCCCGUCGAUACAUUGUUUGUUGCGUUUGAGACUUUCCUGGCAAACGCAUGGAAAAGAAGUAUGGGCCCUGUUUUGAGCUCCUCGUCUUUGACAUGGGUCCAGGACCAAUUCGACAGCAUGAUCCCACGCGACUUUAACGACCAGUUUCACAGAUUUCUUUCCGAAAUGAGCCCCCAAAAUAGACGCGCGCUUGCUGCAAUCAUUCGUUUGCUUGCUGAGCUACUCGAUGCAUCAGGUAACGACGGGGAUCGUGGGGCUCUGACUAUGGCAUUUGCCGAGGUAAUCACCGAAGACGGAGAUCCUAUCAACCACGUUUCUCUUUUGGAUCGAUUGGUCGAUGACUUUGACAAUCUCUUCGAAGACUUUAUCCCCGGUGGGACUUCAGUGGAAGGAACCCUGACGGUCAAUCAAUCGAAAAAUUCGCACGGCAAUACUGGGUCCGUUGGCUCUAAUUCCUCUUCUUUCCGUAAACGAUUUGGCUUCUUGCACAAGGACAGCUCAAAGAGUGAGAAGGGCGAGAAGAGUGAAAAGGUCGAGAAGAAUGAAGGAGAAGGCAAGGUUGCUUCGAUUCUACGCACAUUGAGCAAGAAACAAAGCCCAGCGGGUUCCGAGCCCAAUACCCCCAAGGGUUCCUUGAUCCGUUCCAAGUCGACCGACGUGGACGCUCGGCUGGGAUUCCUUCGUCCUACAUCCCGUGAUCGCCCCUACGGUUUUGCAUCCGAAGAAACUAUCUCAAGACCCGGCACUGGCUAUGAAAAGCCCCCGUCUUUGUCCUCUGUCCGAGGAAUCUCCGAUGAUGGUGUGCCGAGAGUUCGCAGGAAGCGCCACAGCUCACUUUCAGACCUCAGACCAAAUACAGCAUCCUCGGAAUCAUCCAACGUGUCUCCCACUCAGCAACUUCGCCCGGUGACGCCUUCUAGCCGCUCUCGUGGAGAAAUUGUUACCCCCACCAGGCAGCCCAGACCACAGAGCAGCUAUAUUCCAACAUCGCCUGCGCGUGGAAAGUCACCGGCAAAAGCUGGGUCACCAGUGCGAUUAGGAUCGCCCAUUCGCAGAAUGUCGCCCAAUCGACCUACUACACCCAGCCGGAAGGAAAACAUUGAUCCUAAGUCACCCUACACAGAGCGAACAUCCAAGUCCCGAGGUAGUGUUUCGGAAUCACCUGCCGACGAAAACAGGCGAUCUCGUGCGUCUGGUAUACCCCAACGGACGCCGGGCCUUCGAGAGCGACCUUCAACCAACGGCUCGGAUAGUAGACGGCCACAGUCUUCAUCUUCUUCGCAGAAGCCGAAACCGCGGAUGCAGAGUCCACAAAAGCUACGCGAUCGUGUGCAGCAGGAGAAGAAGGACCAAUCAUCCUCUCAAUCAGGCUUUAAAGAUGAGCUCACAGCACUUGGCGACGAGCUCAGAUCUUUCUCGUUUGCACCAACAACACAGCUCAACUUGGAUUUCAGUAUGGAGCGUACAAACAGCUGUGCCUCUAUUGAUAACCGUGCGGCGCUUGAAGCUCGCAUGCGCACCCUGGAAUCCCGAUUUGAUAUGCUAAGCGGAGAGUACAAUGGUCGCACAUCUGCGCUUGAGAGAGAUCUGGAGUCGUCAUUGAUCCUCAGCGAGCGACGCGUGAAGAAACUCGACGAGCUUUACCGCGAAGCCAGCGCCGAGAACGAAGCACUUUACGAUCGAUUCAAUACAGAACUCAGCAAGAUUGCCAAAGACGUCCGCUCAGGAAACGGCGAGGACUCCUUGAAAUCCCAGCUGGCGAGUGCUCUAGAUGAGAUCAACCGGGUGAAGAAGGAAAACUUCAGAUUGAGACGAGAAGUUGGAGGUCUUCGUGCCCAGCAAGCCGCUACUGCUCUGGUCAAGGCCAGUGAUCAAUGA